ACAUAAUCGGUUCAGGAACUGAACCCUCUAGUUCGUUUACCUAAGCAAAUAACACAUUUUUGACGCUAGUUACAAAAGUACAAAAUUAUUAAUGUUAUAUAUACGGUUCAAUAAUAAUCUUUUGUUUAACUGUUGGUAAUAUUAUCGGUGGUGGUGGUGAUUGUUGUGGUGGAUCAGCUGUGAGGAAGAUGGCGUCGAGGGUGGCCCGGAGCACCGCCCGCCAGGUGAAGCCUUUACUCUCCCUCGACCACGGCGAGGCCAAGAAGCGAGUCCUCAACCUUUAUAAGGCUUGGUAUCGCCAGAUUCCUUAUAUUGUUAUGGACUAUGAUUUACCGAGGUCCAAAGAACAGUGCCGAGAAAAGUUGAGAGAAAAAUUUGAAGAGAAUCGACAUGUCCAAGACAUUCGUGCUAUUGAUAUGCUGGUCAUUAAGGGUCAAAUGGAACUGAAGGAAACUGUGGAGAUCUGGAAGCAGAAGCAUGGGCUGAUGGCUUACUGGCAGGAUAGUGUAGAACCUCGGCCCAAAGACUUCCUUAGCAAGUUCUUAGAUGGUCAUGAGUGAUAUCCUGACUGAUGUAGAAUUAAUGUUUCAUGUGCUCCUUUACUAUAUAGACAUUUAAAAAAUUUAGCCAGCUAUACAGUAAUUACCUUAUUUAAAUAUAAAUGUACAGAAUAUGCUUUAGUAUCAUUUACUUGGAAAUUUCCUUUUAAACUGGUAAUUGUUAAGAUACUAAACCUUAAUGCAUCUGAAAGUCCAGUGUACAUAUUUAUUAAGAUACCUGUGUAAAUAUUUGUAUUAAAUGCUGAAAUUUA